AUGGCUGAGCGGAAAUUACACAAGCUAAUGAUUGCCGCUGUGGUUUUACUGUGCUUUCUCGUUCUUGAUGUCGGAACGAUGCGAAUAAGAAGAGAUGACGCGGAAACCAAGGGCCAAGAAAAUCCAGCAGAGCACAAAGAAAUUCAGUAUAACGACACAAACGAUGAAGAACACGCAACUCAUUCUACAGACAGUGACAAGGACCACAAAUCAGACCAUCAUGAGAAGCACCAUCCGGAACAUAGUAAAGAACAUGAUGACAAAAAGGAGCAAGAUCACAGCAAGGAUGAACAUGACAAGAAGAAGCACGAUAAGGAUCACAGCAAGGAGCAGCAUGACAAAGGAACUCACUGCCAUUUCAUGAAAAAGAGCACAGCAAGGAACAUCAAAGCAAAGGAAGCCAUGAACACGAUCACAAAUUUCACUGUCAUUGCCAUCCACAUUUCGAAUACUCCAGCAAGACGCAUCACAGCAAAAUUAACAAAAAACAAGACGGCAAAGAAUCCGGAAGUGAAUUUUUAA